AAAUGGCGCAAGGGCCUCAUCUUCACGCUCCUCGGACCGCUCGCGUUCGUCGUCUACGGCGACCACCCGAUGGUCUUCUUCCACUCCGCGCUCGUCGCCGCCAACGUCGCCAUCAUCGUCGGUGGCUCAUACCUCGCCGGCGUCGACUACACUGACCUGAACUCGGCCGACGCACGCCACAGGAUGCUCGUGUCGCGCAUCACGCGCACCACCGGCCAGAGUGUGUUCCUCGCAGCCAACACGCUGUUGCUCGCCGUGGUCCUGGUCACGAUGCGGAACAACCGCCGGGAGGGGGACGCUCGCCGCCGGCCUGGGACCGUCCAUCCAACGCUGGUGCUGCUUCUCCUUGCGUGGUUCCCGCUCAUCGUUCGUGGCAUAUUCGGAAUCCUGCAGGCUUGCGUGUGGAGCUUGUCGUAUUACAAUCCGAGCAACUAUGACGCCGGAGGUUUCACCCCCCGGUUCUCUGCAAUCGAAUACGUUCUGGGAGUGUUCACGGAAUGGCUAGCCUGCGUGCUGCUCAAUCUGACAUACUACACCUCCAAGAAUGAUCCUCGCAAGCCCAGCAUGAGCGACGAGAGGGAGCGGGAGUGGAUUGGCCUGAAGGCCGGAAAUGCGUAGAUCUUUGCCAGGUUUCAGUCUUUCUCAGUCAUAUAACCCCUUGCAUACGUUGGAGUGAUCGUCCACAAACGCUCCUUGUCUCCUAGUCCCUUAAUUUUCAAUUAACAGCUCAUUGUCCCAU